AUGCACAAAUCAAAGAUGGCUGGGCCACAGUGUCGCGGCAUCAAUGUCAAGACCCAGCUAGGGCCGCAAGGGCAACCCGGCGUCGUGGGCGAUUCGAGAAACCUAGACUUUAGCCGCUGGCACCUCCUGCCCAAGACGAGGCGCCAGUCCGGCCUGGUGCAGCUCCGGACGAUGCUCUCGAGGGGGAGAGGACAGGGCUCGCUUGCUUGCAUUUGCUCAUGCCCGAAAUACCUGAUCGCGGAAACCUCUGAAAAUCAGCCCCCGCGCCAGGUCGAGGAAAAGAAAUAA